AUGGGAAGCACUCAUGAUCCAACUCUAGGCGGCGUGGCAUUUGAUCAAUUGCUAGUGACGCAUUUCGCUAACGAAUUCAAACGUAAAUCAAAAAUUGAUAUUUCGAAUAACAAACGGGCGUUGGCAAAAUUACGCACCUCAGUUGAAUCUACUAAAAAAACUUUGUCGAGUAGUUUAAAUGCUCCUUGUUCGGUGGAGUCGCUGGCGGAUGGAGUUGAUUUUCAUGGAACGAUUAAUCGGACGAGAUUUGAGAUUAUGGCGAGUAAGUUAUUUACGAGGUGUUUGAAUGUUAUUAGAGACACGUUAAAAGAGAAUUCAUUGGAGCCUUAUUCAAUAGAUGAGGUGAUUCUCGUCGGAGGCUCCUGCCGAAUCCCCAAACUCCAAACAAAACUCCGUGAAAUCUUUCCAAAUCCCGAAACCCACAUUCGCCUCGACCUUGAACCAGACGAGGUAGUCGCCUACGGAUGUGCAUACCAAGGAGCCUUAAUCUCAGAGCUAAAAAUAAAAGGUUAUCAAAUUCAAGACAUUAUUAGCGAUCGCGAAAUCACCAACGUCCCACAUCUCACCAAAGUAAUCGGUAUCUUGAAUGCGCAUGAACAAUUCGUGACAAUUGUGAAAGAAAAUACGCCAUUGCCUGUUCGACGGGUAGUGCAGUUCUCGAACAUGGAGUUGGCUCAGAAAGAAGUAUAUGUUGCUGUUUGGGAGGGUAGUCCGCAACAAAGUGUAGUAAAGGCUGAGUGUGAUGAUAACAAAGAUGAUGAAGAUAAAAAAGUAGAAGCAAUUAUAAAUAAAGCGGAAAUAUUGGAGAAUAAAAUGGGGGAUCCUUCAUCAACAACAACAGAACAACCGAAAAUAGUGCCGGAAAAAUUGCUAGCGGAAAUAGUAUUAACCGAGUUAAAACCAAGUAACAAAAUAGGUGACUUGCAAUUUGAACUCGUGCUAGAAAUAAACAUUAAUAAAAAAUGUACAAUUGUCUUGUCAGAAAACAAAUCUAAUAAAUCGGUUGAGGUGGAGGUUCCUCCUUCUGUUGUCGCUGUUGAAAGCUAG